GCGCACGCAGCUGUCAGAGCAGCCGCGAUAGGAAAUGCAGCCGAAGCCUGGAAGUGACAGAUCCCAGCGCAGUCUUGAGAAGCGGUGCGAUCCGGAAAGGGCAGAGUGAGUAAAACACACAACACAACGCUGAAAACAACAUCUGCCACGACUGAACAAUCGCGACCAUAUUUUGUGAUCGACUGAAAUAGUUUCCGCCUAGUUCGAUAGCUAGCUAAAGCUAACGAUGCUCGGUCAGAGUCAUGAUAUAUAGCUAGCGGUGGCUAGCUAAGCUAGCUAGCGGCUGGCGAGAUUGGCAGACAUCUCUUGCUGUCCUUUCUCGUCCUCUCCUCUGUCAUUCACUGGCGGAAGGUGGAUCGGUGACUGGAGCUGUGGAGGGGGCGGCAGGGAUAUUAACCCCCUGGACACUCAUGUGGAUAUAGCACACUGUACACCCGAUUGUGGAUUUGUCUUUUCCUCCUGCCUGUUGCUCACACAGUGACUGAAAGGAGGGGCCAUGACUGAGAUUUCUGCCCUCACGCCCUCGCCCCCAGGAUUGGGGGACCCCCACUCCUCCCCGCCUCUGCUGCCCCCGUCGACGCCCCCGACGACGCCCCCUCCUCAUCCCGCCACACUCGCGGACGCCCCGAAACAAGCCCCGGUCCCCAAAUCCACCCUGUACGGGGAUCCGGCCGUGAUGCCACGAGCUGCGGUUAGAGAGAACCCCGCAGGACGAGGAUCUCCCUCGACCCCGGCCGAAACAGCGGCACCGCCGCCGCCGCCGCCGACCGCGAACAGCGCCGUGCCGCCUUGCGAAGGCCAGGGGUCCCCCUCCCCCGAUCUUAAGGCUGGCCCCAACCUCUACCCGAGCGUCAGCGUACACCAGCCGUCCGAUCCCGACGCCGAACGCCGCCCCCCCGGCACGCCCCCCCGGCCCCUACCUGCGGACGUCGCCCCGGCGACCGCCGCCGCGGCCGAGGCGCCAAAAGCGCCCGACCCCCAAUCGCCGCAGCCCCUCGCCUCCCGGGCCCCGUGGUCCCCGGACCCGGGGGCCCCCGGCACCCCGAGGGCCGAGCCGCGCUGCCCCCCCGUGCUGGUGGUCCAGGAGCCGGCCCCCGCCGCCCCCCUGUUCAACCCCCAUCGCCAGCCCGCGCCGGACACGCUGAGCUACCUGGAGUCGGCCAGCAUGAUGUCGGGCAGUCGGAUGUCGCUGUCGGGCCUGGGCGACGACAGCAGCUCGAUGGGCUCCGACUCGGAGCUCAACGGGGCGGUGCUGAAGCGCACGGAUAAGUACGGCUUCCUGGGCGGGACGCAGUACACCGACGGCAGCGAUAAAGAGGCCAGGGUGGACGUGGCGAGACAGAGAGAAAUGAAGUGGCUGGAGAUGUUCAACAAUUGGGACAAAUGGGUCUCCAGACGCUUCCAGAAGGUGAAGCUGCGUUGUAGGAAAGGCAUCCCCUCGUCCCUCAGAGCCAGAGCCUGGCAGCUGCUCUCCAACAGCAUAGAGCUCCUGGAGUCCAACCAGGGAAAGUUCGAGGAGCUGGAGCGGGACCAGGGAGACCCCAAGUGGCUGGACAUCAUUGAGAAGGACUUGCACAGACAGUUCCCCUUCCAUGAGAUGUUUGCUGCUCGUGGUGGGCAUGGGCAGCAGGACCUGUUCCGGAUACUGAAGGCGUACACGGUGUACCGGCCUGAUGAGGGGUACUGCCAGGCACAGGCUCCGGUGGCGGCGGUCCUGCUCAUGCACAUGCCCGCAGAGCAAGCGUUCUGGUGUCUGGUGCAGAUCUGUGAGAAAUAUCUACCUGGGUACUACAGCGCUGGCCUGGAGGCCAUCCAGCUGGACGGGGAGAUCUUCUUCGCCCUGCUGCGGAGGGUCUGCCCCAUGGCCUACCGCCACCUGAAGAAGUUCAAGAUCGACCCCAUCCUGUACAUGACGGAGUGGUUCAUGUGCAUCUUCUCCCGCACCCUGCCCUGGUCCUGCGUUCUCCGCGUCUGGGACAUGUUCUUCUGCGAAGGUGUGAAGGUGGUGUUCCGGGUGGGGCUGGUGCUGCUGAAGCUGACGCUGGGAUCAGUAGACAAGCUGAAGGAGCUGCAGGGGAUGUAUGAGACCAUGGAGAAGCUGAGGAACAUCCCUCCAGAGAGUGUCCGUGAAGAUGUCCUCAUAACAGAGGUGAGCACUCUGCCGGUGACGGAGGCCCUGAUCGAGCGGGAGAGCGGCAUCCAGCUGCGGAAGUGGCGGGAGUCGCGCGGGGAGCUGAGCCACCCGCCGGGCCGGCGGCUGCACGGGACGCGCGCCAUCCACGAGCUCAAGCGCCGCUCGGACGCCAUCCGCUCCGGCGGCAGCUUCUCCUUCCUGGGGGGGCCCGCGCCGGCCCCCGGCCCCCUCCGCGUCUCCUCCAGCCUCCUCUCCCUCCCGGGCUUUCGCAAGUCCAGGGCCCCCUUCCAGGUCCCCGCCAAGAGACUCCCGUCCUUCUCCUCGGAGGCCCAUCCCGGGAUCCAGCCGUGGGGGCAGGGCCCCUCCCAGAACCUGGCCCGCAAGCCCCCCUCCGGCCUCCCGCCCCCCCAGGCCCAGGCCCAGCCCCAGACCCAGGCCCAGGCCCAGCCCCAGACCCAGCCCCAGACCCAGCCCCAGACCCAGCCCCAGACCCAGCCCCAGACCCAGGCCCAGACCCAGCCCCAGACCCAGCCCCAGCCCCAGCCCUGCAGCGACCCCCCGCCGGAGAGCCCCCCGGUCCCCGGACCCGCCGCGGCUAAAGCCCCGGCCCCGCCCCAAACCCUGUCCCCCCUCCCCAAAAUCGUCUCUGAGCAGAUCACCCCGACCAUUCCGUCCCCCACCGCCAACAACACCCCGCUGCCCCCCUCCCUGCCCGUGGGGAAAGGGGCACCCGCAGUGGCGGCCACGCCGACGGCGGUGGGAGGAGGAGAGGAAGAGGGGAAGAAGAAGAAGAGGAGCAAAGAGGACAAGAAGAAAGAGAAGGAGGAGGAGAGAAACAAGGCCCGAGAGCGCAAGGAGAAGGACAAAGCGGAGAAGGACCGGCAGAAGAAGGAGAAGGACAAGAAGAAGGAGAAAGGGGGGAAGAAGAAGGAGAAGGAGAAAGAGAAGGGGGGAGGAGGAGGAGGAGGAGGAGGAGGAGGGGGCGACCCAGAGGAGAAGAGUGGAGCCGCAGCACCAGGAGAUUUGGCCUAAUUUCACAGAGACCGUCGGGCUAGCCUAAUUUCAGAGUGCAUUAGGCAGGCCUAAUUUCACAGAGACCGUCAGGCUAGCCUAAUUUCAUAGAAAGCAUUAGGCAAGUCUAAUUUCACAAGGAGUUUUAGGCAAGACUUGUCCCGUAUUGCUGCGGAGAGAGAGGAGGAAGAGGAAGAGAAAGCAGGCCAGCGGAACUAAAGAACCUGAGAGGGAGGGAGGGAGGGAGGGAGGGGGCGGUGAAAAGGAGGAGGGGCCUGUUGUAUAUAGCACAUCGGACCUUAAGGGACGCAUAACAUUACCAUCUUGGAAGGCGGGGGAGCGGCUGUAACAGGAUUACAAUUUAUCAGCGGCUCCGACCUCCGACCUCGCUCCUGACUGGCCGCUGCUCCCCCCGCCCCCCCCCCAGUCUCUCCGCUCUUAACGAAUGGGAUCGGCACCAAAACACAUUCCCACGGCCCGCGAGCCACGACGUCACCUCUCGUUUCUUUUCGUGGUCGCUUUUUUGGAAACGACGGCGCCCCUGCGCAGGACACGGGCGGCGCUCGGACGCGGCCGACGCGCCCUCAGACUGGGGAGUCGGGCGCUGUCGCGGUCGCCGGCUAGCCACUCGCGCGCGUGUAAAUAGCCCCGCUCGUAUGAAGGAGGCCUCGUUCCCCUCCACCACCCCCCCCCACCCCCACCCGCCCACCCUCGUUUCCUGCGUCUAACUGGAAUAACAAAAAAAAAACCACACAGUCAACUGAAAACAGUGUACAGUGCCCCCGCCCCCCCCCUCGGCAAUGACAAACAGAGUCGACGUCGCCCGUUCUGGAGGUUGUAUUUAUUGUAGUGAUGUUCGUUUGUGUGCUGUCGUAGUGUAGGUCGUUGUGUCCUCAAUCCAGGCUCGUCUGUCUCGCUCUCUCUUUCUCUCGCGGGGUACGUUCUCUCCGUCUCUCAGUUCAAUUUUGGAACCGAGUGGAAGAGGGGAUUCGGAAACGGAGAGAAGAAGAGAGACGGAACGCCAACGCCUGAUCGAUGAGUGCACCGAUCGUUAGACGUGUUAUCGUUAGCUAUGCUAGCAAAUUUUCGUUUUUUUUUUUUUUUUCUAAUUCAUGUUGCUUAUUUCUUUGUUUUUCUUUCACGUGUGACUUCUUUUUGGACAUUUCAGGGGCUCGUCUGUCGCUGUUCCUUUGUGUAAGUUUACAGGAACGUAAACGUGGAGGAGGAGGUGAUUAUGCCUGGAAUGCUUAGGAGAAAAGGAAACCCCUUAUUGUUAACAGAGAUGGACACAUCUCCCCUCAUGGUCGUAAACGAACUGGAAAGCAAUCCGUGCUGGUCUGUCCUCUAACAUCUCCUCCUUAAUUCAGUCUUAAUGACCUUCAGCUGUCACGUCACUUGUAUAAAUUGAUCUUUAAAGAAGCUGAGGUCCAGUCCGUCUAUUCAGACUAAAGUCUAUAACCCGUUGUCCAAUGGAAAUUUCACGUCUUUUUGUCUGACUUGCAAGUUCAUUUUAGUACGUAGAUAUUUCAUUCUAGCGUUAGAUUUGGCGAAGACACACUGUUAAUGAACGGAAAAAUGAUUGGAUUGGAAGCCAUCCGGUGUUGAUGCGUGCCAACCCAGAUAUUAAGUGUUUACCGAGUAUUUAUGUAUUUGAACUGAGCAUAAAAUGAACAGGUGAAUGUGUGUUACUUCCAUAUAAAACUUGGCUAGUGUGCGUUUCAAAUUGAUGAUUAAUGUCGCUUCUCCCAAAUUGUAAUUUUAAUAGAGUGUCUCUAAUUGACCACGCCCAUACGUGCAGAGGUGACUCAUCGUUCCGCUCGAUUGGCCACUGAGCUUCCUCUAGAGUUCUUUGUGUAGUCUAAUGUAGCAUUACCCUCCAACAGGCACCUGUGGGCCAUAAGAUACUUACGCACACAUUUCUCUAAUUUAAUCAGAUAUACUAUAUAUAUUGUGUUUAUUUUUUACUUUGUGUUUGAUUAUUUUUCUAUGAUAUUAAAGAUGCCUGCUUGACUGGAA